UUGAGUUCCACCACCUCCAACAUAUCGAGAGAGAUUGAGACAGAGCACGAGUCUCUCAACUCUCAAACUUCAAGCAAAACAAAAUUUGCCUGAAUAAUUUAAUGUUCUUUCUCCCAUAUACAAAAAAAAAAAAGAUUUCUUCCUGCGACAAAAAAAGUUUUUUUAAUGUGUUAAAAUAGCAAAACUCUUCUCGGUUUGUCUUUUUCCGGCGAAAAAUAAUGUCAUGAAAUCAAAGCUCGAAACCUUAAAACCCCAUCUAGGGUUUGUUUCUUGUCUCUGUUGCUGAUAUUGAUGCUUCCGCACACCCCAAAAUAAAAAAAAAUAUAUGUAAAUAAAAAUUUGUUUAUAUGCAAAUCUCUACAUGAUCUUUGUUGACCCUUUUUUUUUCCUGAGAUGAAGAAACAAUGGUCGCCGGACAAAACAGAACGGUGCCGGAGAAUCUGAAGAAACAACUUGCGGUUGCUGUUCGAAGUAUACAGUGGAGCUACGCAAUCUUCUGGUCUGUCUCCGCUUCUGAACCAGGAGUGUUGGAGUGGACAGAUGGGUACUACAAUGGCGACAUCAAGACACGGAAAACGAUUCAGACGACGGCAGAGAUCAGAGCCGACCAGUUAGGGUUGCAGAGAAGCGAGCAGCUGAGAGAGCUUUUCGACUCUCUCUCCGCCGGAGAAUCCUCCGCUGGAUCUCAGGUUCUCCGGCGCUCCUCCGCCUCCGCCCUCGCGCCGGAGGACCUCACCGACACCGAGUGGUAUUACUUGGUCUGCAUGUCCUCCGUCUUCAGCAUUGGCGAAGGAUUGCCUGGACGCACCUUAGAGAGCGGUGAAACGAUAUGGCUUUGUAACGCUCAUAACGCCGACAGCAAUGUCUUCAGCCGCUCUCUUCUAGCCAAAAGUGCUUCGGUUCAAACAGUGGUUUGCUUUCCGUUUCUUGGGGGCGUCGUGGAGAUUGGCACUACAGAACACAUUACAGAGGAUUUGAAUCUGAUACAAUAUGUACAGACAUCGUUCUUGGAAGCUCCUCCUUACACCACAAUCUCUACCAGACUCGAUUAUCACGAAGUUCUCGAUCCUCAACAGAUUCUAGGCGACGAAAAAUACGUUCCCUUGUUCGGAAACGAUUUUCCGGUGAAUUCUCCGACCAAAACAACAAACGGGUUUGAACAAGAACUCGAAGAUCAUGAUUCCUUGGUGGCCGAGGCGAUCAAUGGCGGUGCGUCUCAGGUGCAGAGUUGGCAACUUGUGGAUGAAGAGCUCAGCAACUGCAUUCAUCAAUCGCUGAAUUCUAGCGAUUGCAUCUCGCAGACGUUUGUUGAGCCCGGAAGGGUUGCUUGCGGUUCAAGAAAGGGUAGAGUUCAGGAAACGCGGCAGCGGUUGGGGCAGAUCCGAGAGCAAAACCACGUAAAUUUGGCUGCCAAGAACGAUGAUUUGCAUUACCAGGGCGUUCUCUCGAUGGUUUUCAAGACGACCCAUCAACUGAUUCUUGGACCGCAGUUUCAGAACUGCGAUAAAAGAUCGAGCUUUACGAGGUGGAAGAGAGGAGCUUUUGUGAAAUUCAUAGGACCCAAUACUGGCGGAAACAUGCCUCAGAAAAUGCUGAAGAAGAUUAUCUUCGAAGUGCCUCGGAUGGACAAGAACGAGUUGUUUUUUGACACACCCGAUGACAGCGGAGCUAGGGUUGGGGAUGAGCUGGCGGCGAAUCAUGCCUUGUCUGACAAGAAACGUAGCGAGAAACUGAACCAACGGUUUAUGAUUCUGAGAUCGAUAAUCCCUUCGAUCAAUAAGGUUGACAAAGUAUCAGUUCUUGACGACACCAUAGAAUACCUGCAAGAGCUAGAGAGAAGAGUCCAAGAACUGGAAUCUUGCAGAGAAUUAACAGAUACAGAGACAAGAAUGGCGAAGAGAAAGAAACCGAAUGAAGCAGGAGAGAGAACAUCUGCAACUUGCAGAGAUCAUACCGAUCGUACCGGAAAUGGGAAGAGGAUUUUGGUUAGCAAGAGAAGGAAUAGUGAUGUGGAAGAUGCUGAACCAGACUCCAGUUCAGCCGGUCUAACCGAUAAUUUGAGGAUCGGUUUGGUCGGUAACGAGGUGGUUAUCGAGCUUAGAUGUGCUUGGCGAGAAGGUGUCUUGCUUGAGAUAAUGGAUGUCAUCAGUGAUCUUAACUUGGAUUCUCACUCGGUACAGUCUUCGACCGGUGACGGUUUUCUAUGCUUAACCGUCAAAUGCAAGCACAAGGGUUCGAAAAUAGCGACACCAGGAAUGAUCAAAGAGGCGCUUCAGAGAGUUGCAUGGAUAUGCUGAGUUACCCCGGUUUAAAUUGACAUCUAGAAUAUUUGGUAUUCAAUGAUCCUAACCGGAUUUUGGGAUUCUGAAUUUUGAAAAUUAUGCGUCGUUAAUGUAGAAACAAAGCUCUUCUUUUAUUUUCUUUAUCUUUUGUUGCUAGUUAGUAAAUUUUAAUACGAUAUUAUCAUAUUUUAGA